GGAGGAGGGCCUAGUAGCUCUGGAACACAUAGUCUAGGUUUGUAGCAUCCUUGCAGUCUCUGCCUAUUGAAGAAUAACAGGGUGAAUAAAGGAAUGGGAGGAAUAGUGCUGCACAGCAAAGGGGAGAGAGAAGCAUGAGUUGGUAUUGUGAGGGGACGCAAGGGGGGGAGGUUGUAGAAGGCAGUAUUGUCCAGGGAAAAGCUGUUAGCUGGUCAAAUUUACAGCUUUGUAGCUGAGCUCUUUAGGCCCAUCUGGGGAGCACAGGAGCAGAAACGGUGGAAGAAAUUCCCCACCCUUUAUUCUUCAUCUUGGACAUCUGUCUCACUCCACAUCCUAUGUUUUUAUCCUCACCUCUGUGUGCUGUUUCCUCUAAUAAGAGUACCACGCUGGCGCCGCUGCCAUUCAUCGCUCUCAGCCCAUCUCCUCCCCACCAACCCACAUCCUACCACAACACCCACGGCUGCCCAGCUGUCUUGGGGAGGGGGACAAGGCACAAUUAACGGCAGAGAGAGGGCCUCAGCUGGCUGAAUAAGUUUGGGUGGUGGAUAACUCUCGUGAUGCAGUGGACCACUGGGAUGAAGCAGAGGUCAUUGAGCAGCAGACUGAAAUAAGGCAUGCUGUGCUAAGGAGCAGCAUGUGAGGUCAUUCCUAGCCACUGCCGUCAGACUUUUUAACAAGUCACUUCACGGCCGGGCCACAAAGCUCCUGUUGCUGGGCUGAGUACUGAGUAGUACUGCCCCUCCCUGUGCUUUCCUCUCACUAUGCGCUAUAGGAGCAUCUGUGUUUUUUCUGAUUUCAGAAAAGACGUGCUUCUGAUUUCUAACACAAGUGUGCUCCAUCUGGCGAAGCCCAGGUUAAAGCCUGAAAGUCGUUUCCACCAUCCACCACUCCCCCCAAACCCAAGCCAUGGCUCUCACAACCCUGAAGCCUGGUUUCUGGAGUCCAGCCUCAGUGCCCACCCCAGUCCCAGUUCCUACCCUUGUCCCCACUCUCCCAGCAUCCGCUUGCAUCCCUGUCACCACCAGCUCCUCAGUGGAGAGCAGGAGAGAGCAGGAUGGCAUUGAGUCCAGAGCAACUCUCCAGCCCGUGUCUGAGUCAGUCAAUGGAACCAGCUUCAACUCCACACAGCUUCCUGUGCAGUGGACAGAGGGGACUGGGGUGGGCACUGUCCUGGUGCCUUUUGGCAUAAUUACUGUCAUUGGAUUAGCUGUCUUCAUGCUGCUGUACAUACGGAAAAAGAAAAGGCUGGAGAAGCUGCGUCAUCAGCUCAUGCCCAUGUAUAACUUUGACCCAGCUGAAGAGCAGGACGACCUGGAGCAGGAACUCUUGGACCAUGGCAGAGACAGCAGCCCAGCAGGGCCGAACUCCAAAACUCUGACGAUGAGGCAGGGUAUGACUCAGAGGCCCAGUCGACUGGUCUUCACAGAUGUUGCUGAUGCCAUUAAUGCGUGACAGAGGUUCUACGUGAGAAUAUGCCAGCUUGAAGAUUCACAUUUGGAUCGUGUCUGUUUCUUGUCAAUGUGACCACGAGACUCAGAAGAUUAAAUUGGGUUCGUUAUAGAAAACAGGAACAGGACUCCUCUCAUCUAUGUAAUAUGGAUGUUCUAUAACUAUUUAAAGGAGCAAAGUCAUUUUUACCAUUUAAAAUAGCAAAUAAUAUUUCUGAAAGUGAUUAUUUUAUUAUUAUUAUUUUUUUUGGAGAAAGUGCAGCUCAAGUGAGAUGAAGAAUCAGAUUGCUUUGUAAUCCAAAAAAAAAAGAACCAGUCUGUGCUCCACAGAGCUGAUCCCCCUGACAUGGGGGAUAAUGGCUGUUUAAUCAUUUGAAGACAAAUUAUUGAAAAAAUUACUUAUUGCUCCUUUAAUAUGGAUUUCAUUUCUGAUUCACCCUCUCCUUCUUUGAUCAAGCCCAAUCAAAUAUUGUAACAGAUAUCUAAACACGCACCUACACAAAAAAGCCAUUUGUUUCUUGUUUCUUGUUUCAUGGGUCCUAACAUUGUGCAUUUCUAGAUUCCCAGGCUAUUUUGUGAGAAGAUUUUAGUGAACAUUAAAAGAAAAUAGUUGCAUCACACACUCUUAAAGGAAAAAUCUCCACUUACAGACAUUUCCACUUUUUUGUAAUGGGAUAGUUUUCUUGGUUGUUAUGUUGAACCUUUACCAAGUCACGUUUCAACCUGGCAUGUACGUCAUACUUUCAUGACAUUCUUUUUUCAGGAGUGCAAGAGUAGAAGUGGUUGUCAGCCUUUUUUUCCAUUCUUAAAUAUCUGCAUCUAGAGUCCCACACCUCUAGCAAGGGUUACUGCACGAUCCCUUCAUUUUUUUAAAGGAUAUUCUUUUUACUAUAGUACUUAUAUCAAAGAAAAGACCAAAAUGAUGACAAUGGGAGACAGCACCAACAAGUUUUGCCAAAAAACCCCACUCACUGACACUGGAAAUGUGCCGUGGAACUCUAGUUCCUCAAAAAGCUUCUGCCUUCACUGCAAAUCUGCGUCAGCAAUAUCAAAGUGAGACCAUUCCAGCAGACUGUUAAGAAUUUCACAGUAACUUCAAAGCGGAUUCACCUCCCUGCCCCAUUUAAAAUGUAGUGUGAGGAAGCAGAGGUGAAAUCAAAGAGCCAGUAUUGUGUAGGAAGACUGGACUUCCAUGAUGGGGCAUGAAAUAAUGUCCUAGUGACAGAAUACUAUUACAGACCUCAUGGAGCAAAUUCCUCUCACUAAAAACGCUUUGGCCGAGGAGUGUGAGGAGUUUAGUGCCCACAGACCUUGGAAGAGCAUGAAGUGGAAAUCAAGACUGUUGGAUGGAAAAUAUUAGUCUUUCUCUAUAUAUUUGUAAUAUAUAGCAUCUUUGUUCUGUCCCAUUAUAGUGUGCUUCCUGCUCCUACUAUUUCAAAGUUUGCCCACUAUGCUAGCUACUCUGCACACACGUGAGUGUUGGCCAGUGUUUAGAGGUUCUCCAGGACUUUUUUUAGCACAGAAAAGAGAAAUAUGGAUCCGAAUGGAUCUCAUACUUGCAAUUUGUAAUGACAGAGGGCUAAACAUUGACAAAGAGAAAAAUGAGUGUAGUUCAUGUCUAGAUGAGUGUGUGUGUGUGUGUUAACUACGAGUUAUAAUCAUUUUUCCCUUUCAUACACAUACCAGCAACAAGGAAAUUAGAAAAUGUUUUAAUGUGUUUAAACAUAAUAAGUA